UCUUACCCGGGGACGGAUGUGCGCGCUUUGAGGUGAGCGGUGUCGUCUUAGAUGCUGCUCUUAUUUUGCCACCCAGGCGAGGUUUGCACAAUGCUUAGUCAUGGUGACUUACCCAUUUCCCUCGCUCUCAUGUAGAGUUUAGUCAGCGCUGGAAGGAUUCGUCGGUGCCGAACAGUAGCUAUAGCUAUAACACGUCUUUUCAGUAACUAGUGGAUGAAAACAGAUUCUUGGAACAGACUUUUCUAAGUCCUGGAGUGGUCAGCUGUGUAAAGCGUUUUUGUUUGUUUUUUUUUCCUGGAAGAGGAUGUCAGCUCAGACUAUAUAACCUCUAGCACCUCUUUCCCAAUGUGAAACUGUAGCCAUUCAGUCUUAAAAAAAAAGUAAAAUUUGCUACUACAGGGCAAAAUGUCCUUUUAACAAGUUUAUUUUUACCUCUAUUUAAAAAAGGGUUAUCGGAAGAACAUUACACAUGAGAUUCUGCUGUCUUAUUUACCAAAACUCUACUCUUUUUCUCUCUUGUCUCAUAGCCUCUGAUUUCAAUUUUUUAAUAAGGCAGCAUCUUUGUUUUGGGACUAGCCACAGUCCAGGGCAAAGGACUCACCAUGUUGCGAUGUUAAAAUUGCUACUGUGGCAAGUUCACCACCUUUCAACUGCUUUUGCCAAUACUGUUCCUCAUAUCCCAGACGUUUCUAGUAUUGCCACCACACAAAUGUGUGUUCAGCAGCCAAACUCUGAUUCCAUCCUUAUGAAUCCAGGUCAGCUGAGGCCAUAGCACUCUGUUCAGGUUUCUUGGCGGUUAAUAUGGCUCACGCGUAACAAGAGGAUCUUUAUGUUUCGAAGAAGGAUGUUAACAGAUCACUCAGGUUAGCUAAUAAAGACUUAACUUGUGCUUCUCUGGGAUCACAAAUGGAUUAUAACUCUCAUGUUGGCAAUAGAGGUGAUUUGUGGACUAAAGUUUGCACCAGGUAGAGUGUGCAGCAAACAGUAACAUCAAAAAAAAGUGGCGGAUUGAACAAUCGGUAAUAAGGAGGAGAAGCCCAUCUCUUAUAUUCCUGCACCUCAAAAGCUCUACAGAAAGGGGUACUAAACCACCUGUUCACCUUUCACAGAAAGAAAGUAACUUUGCCAGGGCUUUGGGGGGGGGGGUGUGGCCAAAGAAACAAAAGUAGAUAAAAGAAAAAAUAUCCCGCCCGCCCCCCCUUGGUUCCUCCGUACACAGUUUCCUGCACGCCCUUUGCACUGGCGAGUGAGGAUGCAGGCGCCGGGCAGUGGCCGCCGGUGAAGAUGUAUGAGGCGUCGGGGAUGACGGAGUGCAAGGCGGAGGUGACGCCGUCUACGCACAACGGCCACCGCGUCUUCAGCUACACGCUGAAGAGCCACACGGCGGCCGCCUUUAGCAUUAUGAACGAGCUACGCCUGGAGCGGCAGCUCUGUGAUGUAACGCUGCGUGUCAAGUACAAUGACCUGGAGGCCGUUGACUUCGUGGCACACAAGGUGGUGUUGGCGUCCUCCUCGCCUGUCUUCCGUGCCAUGUUCACCAACGGCCUGAAGGAAUGCGGCAUGGAGGUUGUGCCCAUCGAGGGCAUCCACCCGCGGGUAAUGGAGCGCCUGAUAGAAUUUGCGUACACGGCGAGCAUCUCCGUGGGUGAGAAGUGCGUGAUCCACGUGAUGAAUGGUGCAGUGAUGUACCAGAUUGACAGCGUGGUGAAGGCCUGCUGUGACUUCCUGGUUCAGCAGCUAGACCCAAGCAACGCCAUCGGCAUCACCAACUUUGCUGAGCAGAUCGGCUGCACAGAGCUGCAUCAGAAGGCCCGCGAGUACAUCUACAUGAAUUUCAGCCAGGUGGCGACGCAAGAAGAGUUCUUCAACCUGUCACACUGCCAGCUGGUGACUCUGAUCAGCCGUGACGAGCUGAACGUGCGCUGUGAGUCGGAGGUGUUUCAUGCCUGCGUGGCGUGGGUGCAGUACGACCGCGAGAACCGCCGGCCGUACGUGCAGGCGCUCCUGCAGGCCGUGCGCUGCCACUCGCUCACGCCCAACUUCCUGCAGCGGCAGCUUGAGCACUUCGAAUGGGACGCAAAGAGCAAGGACUACCUGGCGCAAAUCUUUCAGGACCUUACGCUGCACAAGCCCACCAAGGCUGUGUCGUGCCGCACACCCAAGGUGCCGCGCCUCAUCUACACGGCCGGCGGCUACUUCCGGCAGUCGCUCUGCUACCUGGAGGCGUUCAGCCCAUGCACAGGCACCUGGCUGCGCCUGGCAGACCUGAAGGUGCCCCGCAGUGGCCUGGCAGCCUGCGUGAUCAGCGGCCUCUUCUACGCCGUCGGCGGCCGCAACAAUGCCCCUGACGGCAACAUGGAUUCCAGCGCGCUGGACUGCUACAACCCCAUGAACAACUGCUGGCGCCUCUGCGCGCCCAUGAGUGUUCCCCGCAACCGCAUUGGCAUUGGUGUCAUUGACGGGAUGAUCUAUGCUGUGGGGGGGUCCCAUGGCUGCGUCCACCAUAACAGUGUAGAGAGGUAUGAUCCAGAAAAUGACUCAUGGCAGCUGGUGGCCCCUAUGCAGACACGGCGUAUCGGGGUAGGCGUGGCAGUCAUCAACCGCCUCCUAUACGCUGUGGGUGGCUUUGACGGCACUCACCGGCUGAGCUCGGUGGAGUGUUACAACCCUGAGAAAGACGAGUGGAGGAGCACAGCAUCCAUGAACACUGUCCGCAGCGGAGCUGGUGUGUGUGCACUCGGGAACCACAUAUAUGUCAUGGGCGGCUACGACGGCACCAACCAGCUGAACACGGUGGAAUGCUACGAUGUGGAGACGGACAGUUGGGCCUUCGUCUCUGCCAUGAGGCACCGCCGCAGUGCCCUGGGCGUCACCACCCACCAUGGCCGCAUCUACGCUUUGGGCGGAUACGAUGGAAACACCUUUUUGGACAGUGUGGAGUGCUACGACACUGAAACAGACACCUGGAACGAGGUCACGAAGAUGACCUCUGGCCGGAGCGGGGUUGGGGUGGCGGUCACCAUGGAGCCGUGCCAAAAGGACUGUCAGAAACUCUAGAGGCUCCCCCCUCCUUCCCUCAUCUGUGUCUCCCUUCAUCUAUCCCACCAUUGUUAUCCUCCUUCUCCAGCCGGGCUUAUGAUUGCACACAAAGCUCUGGUGCUGUCCAUUCAAAAUUAACCAGCCCUGUAAAAGUCUGCGAGAAAAGCCGACUACUUAACACCACUGGGCCAUGGGCUACAGGGUUCAAAUGAAGUUCAGAAGAAACUUUAUAUACAUUGCUAGAGUGGCAGAAAUCAGGUGUGUACUUCCUACUCCCAAGCAUUUUAGUCACCAUAAUUGUAAUGCCCUCCCAAACACAGGAAUGAUCCCGAGCUCUCUCACACCAGACAGCAUUUCUAAGACAGGUGAAAUUGUUGGGUUUAGAUGGUUUUAUGUUUUUAGAAGAUGACUGCAUGCAGUGGGGUCACUAAAAUGAGUUAGCCAGUGUCCCCUAUUGUAUUACUGACCAGCCUUGUACAUCUAACCCGCAACUGUGGUGGCCGUGGUUGAAAUGGGAACCUCUCGAAGCAGCAGUGAGUUUGAGCGCCUUAUUACCACAGAGGGUUUUUGUUGUCAUUUUUGGUGGGUUUUUUUCCCUUGAAAAUGUCGAAGUGCCAUUAUCUUGCCUCACCACAGCAGUAUCCCAUCCUCUGUGCCACUCUCUUGGGCAUGAAGUCUGGGCUGAAGGGUCAUGGGGCACGACGGUCCCGAGAGCUGGUGUAGUAGCUUUGGGUUGGAGCUUGCUGAGUGUUUCUGAACCCCACAUACAGAGACAUCACACUUUGUGCAUUUCUUUUGUGGUUGCACCGCUCUAUGUAAUUAUCUAGACCUUCACAAGAUGAACCAGGUAAGUUUAGAAAAGGGAAAACCAUAAAGUGAAGUCCCCUAAACUUGGGUUGUGUUACUACAUGUAAUCUGGUUAGUAAUUAUUUCUAGACCAGUAGUUUGAGUAUCAGCUCUAUUUCUAUUUUGGCACACCUGCUUUAAACUCAUGAAAGCCUGUAUAAUUAUACAGUGAAUUGGGGCACAUUAAAACUGUUCAGUGGAGGGGAAACUCAGUUCUGGAACUUGAGUCUUCAGUAUCCCUUCAUAUUAUGGUAUUUUCUUUGCUACUAUCACACCUGACUUCAUGAGUUUUUAAUGUGUGUAUUGGUAAAGACAAUCCAGGGGCCAGCACUGGACAAACAAAAGCUGAGCUAGACCACAGAAGUGUAGCCAAGAGAGGGCCUCGGUUAGAAGUGUUUAAGCAACCAAAACCUGGGAACACCUGAGAAAAGUAGGAAAAUGUCUGCUUUUGGAUGAGCUCGUAAAGGAGAAGAAGCCCAGACUCCUGAUGGUUAUUGCAAAGGAACUGUCACUUGGUCCUGUUUGGGUCAAGCGCGUGAGUCGAUGCUGAACACGGCAUUACCUGAAAAUAUUCAAAGAAUUCUCCAAUUUUAUUUUUUUUCCUACACGAGGCCAACAUCACUCUGAGACGCUUUUCCGUGACAAAUUUCAAAAAACCUGAAUUAACAGAUGUAUUUGUAACAGCAUUUUAAGCUACAAUUUUUCCAAGACUUUUUGUACACUGAUGCAUACUCCCUGGAAUCUUGUACAGUCUUUUUAAUUUAUUAUUCUGGACUGAUGAUCCCUGUGUGCUUGGAUCCUGAGUUCUGUUCUGGAAGAAGCUGGACUCGUCUCUGGCUUGCUGGGCAUGGCGACUGAUCUUUUUCUAAAUCUGGCUUUGUGUUUGAAAAGGAAAUAAUUUCCUUUAACAAUUUCUAAUUAACAAUGAGAGAUUAUUUAAAGACUGCUUUGUAAAUUUUACAGCAAUGAUUACAUUGUACAACAUUGUAUAUUAAAUGCUUAGGUUUAUUGUAA